AUGCUACAGUUGGUAGCAUUUCGAUAUUUUCGUUGAAUUUGGCUUUGCCGCAUUAUUCAAAAUUCAUUCAACGUUUCUUUUCGUCUGUGCUCAAUACUUCACUGAAUUUUAAAUAUUACAAUUUCAACAACGUUUUCUUUAGUUUAGUAAUCGGUGUGUGAGUUGUAUAUAAACUGAAACUAAUUGAAUUGAAUAUAUCUGAUUUGGGACUAACCCAUAGAAGUUUGGAGCAGCGAAACUACAAUCUUGGAUGUUCGUUUUCUUUUCAACUCUUCUAAAUACAAAUGUCUGGAUUGGAAAAAUUUCAAGCGAAUAGCGCUUGGCGUGCAAAAGUUAAGAAGUUACUUUUCAUGCAACGCACGUUAACGCCAAGUUCUAAAACUCCUAUCCAGUGUGACAGAUUUAGUCUUGAUCUAUCUGAGGAUUUGCAAGUGUUUAUUGAAGGAAAUACGGUUUCUUCUGAGGAACAGAACCUCAACCACUCAACAAAAAUUGAAGGAACUCGAAAUACUGAAGAAAAAAUGUUCGAAAUUGAAAAUAAUGAGAAUAAGCCAAUCAAUGUAAAUGCGUCCGUUCAAAACAAUAAAACAACGCAAAAAAUUACUUUUUAUGACGAGAGUAUGUAUGAAGAUAAGCAACGGACGCUUCAAUGGCAACGCUCAUCAGAUGACAGUUUCAUGGCUUUGGAAAAAAUGUGUGAUAAAACAGCCUCUGAUCCAAACAGUACUUUGUUUCAAUAUAUAAAUAGCGAUGACAAGGAGCUAAUUGUAGAGGACGCUAAAAAGCGUAGUGGAAAUGAUUUUAAUACCCCAUGUAAAAAAGAACUUCAAGAAAUCGAUGAGGAAGCGAAGUCAUUACAACGUUUACUACACGAUUUGUGUGUACAAGAACAGAAACAAUUGGAAGUUGAGACACCACUUAAGGGUAUUGAUGUCACGCAACUAGAAGAUAUAGAAGCGCCAUCAAAAUUGUGGGACACAACUAUAUUGGGUGAGACCACUUUACAAACAUCACCUGUUAAAAUGGUUGGCCUCUUAAGACCAUCCACUAUAAUAGAGGAGUGUGAUGAAGAAGAUGACUUUAAUAACGCUUCAUGUAUAGAUGGUUAUGCAUCAUCACAUAUCAGCUUUCAAAGUGCUGUAAAAGGCAGUGAGACCUCAUCUACAAGCUAUUACGAUACAGCACACGAAACUACAGAUACCAGCGCUGUUAGUAAAGAUUCCAAUACACACGAGAAAUACGUGUUGCAAGACUCGGAGAACUUAGCUGCAAGUCUGGAAUUGAUACAACUUGAUAAAACUCUAGAGUUAACGCAACAACAGCUAACAACAUCAGCAAAUAUAAGUAGUGAUGAUCUCAAGAUAGUACACAAUACAAAAAAUCAAUCGCCAAGUUCAUCUUCUGAUGAUUCUGUAGGCGUUAUUGAGUUACUAUCAGAUGAAGAAUCUGAAGAAGUGAUUACAGCACAUACCAAUAUUACGGUUAAAGAUGAGUUCAAGUCUGAGUAUGAUUCAGUUGUGGAAGACAAUAACAUUGCGGAUAAAUAUGUAUAUAAGAGUCAUUUGAGGAGUACCGAAUUCGAUAAAAUGGAAAAUUCUUUUGAAAACGACAAAGAAAAUUGCGGUGAAGUUUUCGAUGAUAGUGUUGAACAGUCAAUGCAUUUCAAUGACACCAUGGAGGAAGUAGAAUAUAUGAUGAAAAAAGGCAUGCAGUAUAUGGCUGCUACGGCGUCGCCAAAUGUUGGCUUAAAUAUACAAACACCUGUUGUAAAAAAAGUUGAACUGGUUCCAGCAACAAUGACAGUGAAACCAUUAAAAGAGAGGGAAAGAACAUUCACAUAUUCACCAAAAAAGCAAAAUAGUAAUCAUUCAUCACCUGCUAAGAAGGCUUUAUAUGUAAAACCCACAGCAAUUGUAACGGGUACAAAAGCAAAGCAACUUUUGUCUUCGCCACGGCGUACACCUCAGAGCAGUGCACAAAAAAAUAAACGUUUCGAAAUGGAUUUGCGGCCAAUGCCUAAAAUUGAAUUAUUUAAAAAACCCGCCUCUGCUAUACCAACGCGCCUUAAGGAAACAACUGGUGCUAAACAAUUUUCGCAUAUCGUCAGUCCAGUCGGUGCUUAUAUGAAAAAGACCGCCACCACACCAUUAAUGACAAAUCUCAAACAGCGUACGGAUCGACCGGAUGUACAUAAUGCAACCGUUUUUCGUGAACUUGAGCAAGAAACAAAAGUCUAUCAACCGAAAUUUGCAUUGAAAGGAAAUACAGGCACGAAAACAUCUAGUUUGCCAAAGAAGGCAUAUAUUUCAUCAGAGUUCAAACACAUCGUUGAUGAGCGCACGCCAGUCACUAUACCGGGUGGUAAAAAGAUACAGAAAUAUUUGGAAAAUGCAAUGCUACCCACAGUGGUGCGACAUGAAGGUAAAUUGAAAAUGUCCGCUAACCAAGUAAAUUGUAAAAAAACGCCAAGCAAAACCAGUUUUGGUAACACAACGCAACGUAACAAUGGCAGUUUGGCAAAUCUAUCCUUAAUGUCGGGCGAUAUAUCUGUGUAUACAAUGAAAGAUGCAAGGAAAUUUUAGGAUGGCGAUAUUACAAUCAUACAUAAUUUUUGUUUUUUUUUUUAAUUUCACUAUGUAUGUUAGGAGCUUGCUUCGAGCUUAUUUUUUUUUUUUUUUUUUUUAAUAAUAGUUGUACUUUUACAUAUUCUGAAAUUGUUCGCUGGAUUGAAGUUUAUAUUUAUUUUUACAACUAAAAUAAAUGCAUAGACUAGUAAAGCUAGUUGAAUAAAUGCAACAUUA